CUCAUUCAAUUUCUUUUUCUUAUAAACAAAUAAGAUCAACUACUUUAAUCUUGUAAUCAAGAAAACAACAAAAAGAACAAAGGGUUUUUGUGGUGGAAGUUAUUUUUCGUUUUUAUAAAAAUGAGGCAGUUUAUGAAAAUUUUCCCACUAUUGGCCCUCGUAGUCAUAAGCUUAACCGGAACGGCUACGGUAAAGGCUGCGACGGGAUUGAACCCUCCGGUGAAGCUGGUUUGGCAUUAUUACAAAGUUACCAACACUUGUGAUGAUGCAGAGGCUUAUAUUAGACACCAAGUCGAAAAGUUUUAUAAGAAUGACACUACCAUUGCUCCGAAGCUUCUUCGUCUUCUUUACUCGGAUUGUAUGGUUAAUGGAUGUGAUGCUUCGGUACUUUUACAAGGACCAAACUCAGAGAGGACAGCUCCACAAAAUCGAGGACUUGGAGGUUUUUUGAUAAUCGAUAAAAUAAAACAAGUUCUUGAAUCACGUUGUCCUGGUGUUGUUUCUUGCGCUGAUAUACUGAAUCUUGCCACUAGAGAUGCUGUUCACAUGGCCGGAGCACCAUCUUAUCCUGUGUUCACGGGGAGAAGGGACGGUGGGGCACUAAGUGCAGACGCUGUGGAUCUACCGUCACCGUCUAUCUCAGUCGAGGAGUCACUAGCAUACUUCAAUUCCAAAGGUCUUGACGUUUUGGACAUGACUACUCUUCUAGGAGCACAUUCGAUGGGGAAGACACAUUGCAGCCACAUAGUGAACAGGUUGUACAACUUCAAGAACACUGGAAAACCAGACCCGACCAUGAACACAACAUUGGUGUCACAACUUCGAUACCUUUGUCCUCCAAGAACACAAAAGGGCCAAACCGAUCCACUCGUUUACCUAAAUCCAGACUCAGGCUCGAGCAACAGAUUCAGCAGCUCUUACUACUCUCGUGUCCUGUCUCAUAACGCUGUCUUGGGCGUGGACCAACAGUUGCUCUACAACGAGGACUCGAAGGAGAUCACUCAAGAGUUCGCUGCAGGUUUUGAAGAUUUCAGAAAAUCUUUUGCUUUGGCAAUGUCGAGGAUGGGAUCUAUCAAUGUGUUGACCGGCAAAGCUGGAGAGAUUCGCCGAGAUUGCAGAGUUACCAACGCCAACUACGGUGCUUAAUAUAUAUAAAUAUGAUAUCUUAUUUUAUGUGUGUAUGUGAUUGUUGUACUAUAACCUAAAUGUUUAUGUUGUUUUGAUAAAAUCUUUAAUCAAUAAGGACGAU